UCAAUUUCAUUCAUCUCCAGAUCAGUAUCACAAAUCUCCAUUCGAAUCAAAUCACAUAACAAUAGUAGAUUCUACAAUAUUCCAUUUCUUACAUGGAACAACCAACACAAAUUUAACAACACAGAACAUUAGUCCUCUUAACACUUUGAAUGAACUCAAAACAAACAAGAAAAUAAAGGAAGCAACUUUCCAUUCCAUUUGUACUCUAAUAUGCCUACCAUUGAUUUGAGCAGAACACUUCCAUGUGUCACCCUUUUUUCUCCUCUUCAACAAGGACCCAAGUUUCAAUUUUCCCUUUCAAAUUCACAUGUUAAUUCAUUUUUGUAUAGUUUUAAACCCAAACGUUUUCAUUUCUUGAAACCAUGUUCUUCCUUAAAGGAAACCAAGAAACAAAAGACCCUUUUAAAGACACCAAAUAAAUCUCCUCAGAGCUUUAGGAGGUUGCUUAACUUUAACCCCAAAAAUAAUGAUGAUGAGAGUGAGAAAGAUAGUGGAUUAGGAGAUGGUGAUACUGCUAUUAAAGGUACCAUUUUGGCUGCUCUUUUGAUUGUUGGUGUGCUUGGUGGAUUUGGAACUGUUGGUUACAUAUAUAAGGACCAGAUUAAUGCUUUCUUGAACCACUUUUCUGGUUUUAUUGAAGGUUAUGGGCCAGCUGGAUAUGCUUUUUUUGUUGCAGUUUAUGCUGGACUAGAAAUCCUUGCAAUACCUGCCAUUCCAUUGACCAUGUCAGCUGGUCUUCUAUUUGGCUCUGUCACUGGGACCAUCAUCGUCUCCAUUAGUGGAACGGUGGCGGCAAGUGUUGCGUUCUUGAUUGCCAGAUAUUUUGCCCGUGAACGUAUUCUUAAGCUGGUUGAAGGGAACAAGAAAUUUCUUGCAAUAGACAAAGCAAUUGGAGAAAAUGGUUUCAAAGUUGUUACUCUUCUCCGUUUGAGCCCUUUACUUCCGUUUUCUCUUGGGAAUUAUCUAUACGGACUUACUUCAGUCGAGUUUGUGCCAUAUGUUCUAGGAAGUUGGCUAGGAAUGCUUCCUGGAACAUGGGCUUACGUGAGUGCUGGUGCAUUUGGCCGUGCAAUUAUUCAAGAAGAAUCUCAAAUUGGUCUAGGAGGAGGAAACCAAGAGCUAUUGACCGUUGGAGUAGGUUUAUUGUUUACAGCACUCGCUGCAGCUUAUGUUACACGGCUAGCCAAGGAUGCUGUAAAGGAUAUUGAGUAGGCAGAAUUACUUGUGCCCAAACCCAGUAGAGUUUACAUGCUCUUGUAUCAACACGCACAACUGCCUCGUGUAAAUGGAAAAACUAUAGUUGAGAAAAUCAGAUAGGGAACGAUGCAUUGUAUCAGUGAACACAGGAUAAGUCAUUCUAUGAAUGUUUUAGGGGGAGAUAGGAGACGAAGAUAGAGGUGAGGAUGAAUCAAAUACUGUACAUAAAUUUGCAUAUUGAUCUCAUUCUGGUUAUGCUUAGCACAGGCGUUGCCCGUCCUAGAAA